AUGGAUGGGAAUAGUGAGAAAAUCCAAUUCUCAUGGGGGAAGUGUAUAGCAAAAGGUGUUAAAACAGGUUCACGAUACUAUGAGUCCUUCACAUUUGACAAUGUGAAGUAUUCGUUGUAUGACUGUGUCUACCUGUUUAAGCAUGGUGAUCCUGAACCAUACAUUGGGAAAAUUGUUAAGACUUGGGAGCAAAAUCAGUCUAAGAAAAUUCAGAAAUAUUUAAGAGGCCCUGUGAUGGAAAAGGAGAUUUUUCUUGCUUCUGGUGAUGGUAGUGGGCUUGCGGAUAUCAAUCCGCUGGAAGCUAUUGCUGGAAAAUGCACUGUUAUAUGCAUUUCAAAAGACGAGAGGAAUCGCCAACCUUCCCCUCGGGAACAAACAAUGGCUGAUUAUAUCUUCUAUAGGUGCUUUGAUGUUAAAAAUUGCACACUUUCUGAUGAGCUGCCUGAUAAAAUCACAGGGCUAGAAGUUAAUGUUCUGCUGAAUCCAAAAGACGAGCAAGUGUCCAGUGCUAGUGCAGCAAAUGUUCUGCUGAAUUCAAAUGUGGAUGAGGUUUUGGCUGCCACAUUCACCGCUCCCUGUUCAGCCGCUAAAGAGGAUGAUGAAAGUCCGGCUACUGCAGUUCCCCUUUCUCAGGCAUCAGUUAAGGAGGUGGAUGAAAAUCCGCCUGCUGCUAUUCCCCUUUCACAGUCUGUGGUCCAGAAAGAGGAUAAGAAAUCAAUAGCUGCCAUUCCCCUUUCUCAUUCAGCAGUCAAGGAUGAAAAACCAGUUGUUUCGGCUCCCCGUCCACAGUUAUCAGUUAAGGACAGAAGCAAAUGGUUUAACCUUCCAUGGGAUGACAGACUACAGAGGGCGGAUAAGCAUGGGACACUUGUAUAUAUUCAAAAUCUUGAUAUUCAGUUUGGAGGUGCUGACUUAGAGGAGCUGGUUCGUGAAGCACUACAGCUAAGUUGCAUUGCCAAGCCCAUUAACCACCCCACCUGUGAUGAUCCAAACAAUGGAAAAGCAUAUGCUAUAUUCAGAACUAAAAAUGAUGCUGAUGUGGCUAUUUCAAAAAUCAAUUCAGGCUUGGUUGUUGGUGGAAGACCUCUCUACUGCAGCAAAGGUUUACUCAAGGUUCCAAAAUCUUCAGGAACUCUUGUUGGGCACUUGACCUUACGCAAUAUUAAAAUUGGUAAAAGACAGCGAGAAGGGCAGAGUAAGGCUGUAUUGACGUCACAUUGCUCUCAGCCCAACACGAUAGAGUAUGAGAUGGCCUUGGAAUGGAUGAUUCUAAAAGAAACACACACGAAAAAAUUCAGAACACUUCACGAGACGCAUAGUGAUCACAGGAAAGGGUUUGCAAGUAUGGGCAGCAAGAGUGCAAGGAUAGAGAAGUAG